CGGAGUCACUGUGCGUAAAUUACGAACUGGUAAACCCAAUAUGACUAAUUGUCACAAGACUAACAAUGCUUUUAUACCUUUGUUGAAAUAGUGAUAACAUAUUUAUGUAUAGGACUUGAAAAAGACAGAAAAAGACGACAUUGUCAACGAGAUAAUGGGCUGUCUAAAUACGAAACAUAAGGCAACAAAACAGGUAAAUAACAGAAAAACUAAGUUAGUACGUACUAAAUCAAGGAGACCACGAAAUGCUAGCAGAUCGUUUAAUACAGUUUCUUCCAGAAAGCAUUCAUCUAAUAAACGUACUAAAAGGUUUACUUUCCGAAAGAAGCGUAGCAGAGAUAAAUACAGAACCAAACAAAACCAAAGAAGCAAUGCACAUAAAUCAAAGUUUAGAAAGCCAUACUUCAAACAAACCAAGCGUGUUAAAUGUUCCUCUUGUGAAAGACAGUUUUCUGCUCGAUAUAAGCUGAAACAACAUCAAAAAGACAAACAUCAAGGCAACCAGUCAACAAAAGUUACUUCUUUCCAAAACAAUCAUCAGCAAAACACACACAAAUUUAGCUGUUUCUUCUGUCCAAUACGAUGUCCAUUUGGUCGUCAUUUAACGCAGCACACGAAAGACGAGCAUAAAAUCGACGAGAAGGAUUUUAAUCACUCGGUCAAUGUGACUUGCAACGCAAAAAGUCUCAAUGGAGAAAAAUGUAUUCAUUGUUUGAAAGUCUUUACAAAUGCGAGUGAGUUGUCUGAACAUCAACGGGAUAAACAUGAAAUUGAUCCGACUAGUGAAAAAUGCGCAACACUUGGACAAAUCAAAGGCAAACAUAAUAUAGAGCAAACAAGAAAAUCUGAACCAAGUCAAACAACAGCUAAAGUAGAGUCUGGAAAUUUUGAAACACAACAGCAAUUUGCAUUGAAAAGGAUUGAAAGGAAAAAAGUUAUUGACGAAUAUUAUGCUCAAAAGGUAGAUAUUGACAAAGAUGAAAAGAAAAUAUCCGUUGAACUUGUAAACGACACAUUAGCUAAAAUAAUGAAACAUGUAAAUGGCCAAAAAGGAGGCGAUAUAUAUUGCCCGAACCACAGAAAGGCUGGUAGUUUCCCGAUGAAUACAAAAAUCGGAAAACCAGACGAAUUCGAUACCAAUAUUUGUUUAAAACUAGAACAACAAGAUGUAAAGGUCAGUCGCGGCAAAUCUAUACACUACACCUAUGGUGAAACCGAACAUACCACAAACAUGAAUGUUAAAUGUGAACUAAGUAAAACAGAAGCGGCUAUCAAGGCCCCGAAUGGUUACGCUAUAGUAUCCACCACUUGUGAUAAGUACCAGGCGAACUAUUACAUGGAAAUGAUCUUGUCCCAAGGGAGAUUCGAUGUGAUCUACAUCAAAAGAUCAAAACUGCAAAAGAUAAUUUAGGUUUGAAUUAUGUAGAUCUUAGUAGGCACGCCCAUGGACCUGCUUUGACGCUGACCAUCCAUCCACCAAAGCGAUAUGAGAUUCAGCAUCAUAUUAGUGUUGACAUAACGAUAUCUUUGCCUUGCGGUAUUCCAAUAGAAAAAUGGCCACGUCGUGAAACAAAACAAGCGUUUAGUGAAUCGCCCAUUAGAGAUGUGGAGAAAACUGGAACCCACCUGGUACCUAAGAAAAAUGAAUUUUGGGCUAUUUCGUACUCAAAAGCGGAAAGGACCCUUUUCUCACGAUUGGACGAGGGAAACGGGUGUAGGAAAAUUGUUUACAAGAUGUUGAAGAAGUACAUGCAAAGUUGUAAAUCAUGUUCGCCAAGCGGACUUCGCGGAUUGUCAUCUCAUAUCUUAAAGACACAGUUACUUUGGUCAUGUGAGCGACAUACGUCUCCAGAGUUCUGGCAUCAUAACAACCGGGAUGUUUGUCUUGUUGAAACAUUGAGAGAUUUGAAGACAACUCUGAAGAGUGGACAUUUAUCAGAUUAUUUUGAUACCGAUGUUGACAUUCUUCAAGGGAAAGAUAAUAGUGUGUGCUUAGAACUUGCAAACUAUGUACGUGAUAAAAAGUGCAAGCUGGAGCAGUAAUGUCUGUCUUUGUAUACAAUGUAACUAUUAUAUCUUUGCUCGUAUUUGUAACAUUUUUCUGUACAUUUAAUUAGAACUUGGCCUAAAUACCAAAAACAUAAGCAAGUAAAGACAUAGUUCUUUACAAAUGCCAUGUUUUUACUAUAUAGCAUAUAAUUCGUCGCGUCCUAUAGUGGUUUAGAUGUCUGCCUUCGUAUGUGAAAACUUACUCAGUUCACGAACAUGUUACCCCAUAUUAUGUCAGUAAUCGUUAGAUUGUAAGAGCAGGAUAUCAAUUGCAAUAAAUUGUAUCACAAUAAUAUUGUGAUUAAAAUAGAUAUGUAUUCAUCUAUAAUUUACCUUUCCUCGCAGAACAUGUUGAUCCGUUUUCACCUCAGAAGCGAUAUAAACCAAAAAAGACAUCUUAAUUAUCCAUUAAUAUGAUUUUCAACACAUGAUCUAUUAAACAAUUUAACAUAAAACUUAUCAAAGUGCUUGUAGGUAUACUCUUGUAGAAAAAAAUACGACUCUACUGGAAAAUGUCUGAAGCAACACAUACCUUUACGAGCAAAUUAUAACAUGUUUAUAUAUGGGCUUAAAAUUUGAAGUAUAACAGAGCUAUCCCUUGCUUUGAAUUUGCUUAAUUUAUUUUUGAAAUUUUGUUUGAAAACGACACUUUGAGGGCAUACCUCAAAAUAUGUGCUGUGAUUACUAUAAUUUCAAAAUAUGUCAAUUUUAUCAAUCUUGACACAUGUUCAUUCAUUUUUUGGUUGUCUGUUU